CUGCCAAACGCAUUCCACUCCAACCCGAUUGAUUGAUAACUUUCUGCUUUGUUCAAGGAAGCUUUGAGUUUCCGGAGUUCAUCUUCAUCGUCUUCUCCUUGAUUAGUGCUCCUCAUUCCCCUUCUCCUCCUGCUGUUCUUCAUUGAAGGGUUUUGAAGAAGACAAGUUUGGCCUAGAGAUUUUAGCAUGGAGGCAGAAAGCAAGGAGAACAUCUUGGUGGUCGGUUACAUAAUGAAGCCUUCUCGGAAAGAAGAUUUUGCUAAGAGAGGUGCAUUCCCUUCACAUCCAACGCAAAAUGGGUUGAUAUUUUUGCCCCUUAACUUUGAACUUCCCAUAUCUUCUCAGUUACAACAAGUAGAUGUGCUGCUUCACAAAGCAACAGAUGAGAUUGUUGAUGUUAAAAUGAGUAGCAGUUCGGAGUUUGUUGACAAAAUUGAGUAUACCAAGGGCAUGCAGGAUUUACAAAGGUACACUGAGAGCCAUCCAGAAUGCUGUGUGAUUGAUCCAUUUCCUAACAUUUAUCCUGUACUGGAUCGGCUUAGAAUCCAACAGAUCCUAUUUGGUUUGGAAAAUCUCUGCAUAAAAAGCUGUUACAGAAUCAGGGGUCCUCGUUUUCUCAAGGUUAAUAGCUUUGAGGAGCCCAAUUUGGAACACAGGUUGUUUGAAGCCAAGCUCUCAUUUCCAAAUAUUGUGAAACCUCAAGUUGCUUGUGGUGUAGCUGUUGCGCACAGCAUGGCGAUAGUCUUUAAUAUGGAGCAGUACAAAGGCCUGAAUGUUCCCCUUCCAGCAGUUGUGCAGGAAUAUGUUGACCAUUCAUCCUGUCUGUUUAAGUUCUAUGUCCUGGGGGAGAAGGUUUUCUAUGCAAUUAAGAAGUCUACGCCUAAUGCAGCUACUUUGAUGGGCUUACCAGAGGCGUGUGAUCUCAAGCCUAUCCUCUUUGACAGCUUGAAAUCUCUACCUAUAGACAAGAAAAAUCAGCAGGUUGAGGAUGGGGUGAGCAGUGCUGGAAUUCAGCAACUUGACCUCGAACUCGUCACUGAUGCUGCAAAUUGGCUCAGAAGUGUUCUCAACCUUACCAUAUUUGGCUUUGAUGUUGUUAUCCAGGAAGCCACAGGCGACCAUGUCAUCGUCGAUUUAAAUUACCUGCCAUCUUUCAAGGAGGUCCCAGAUGAUGUUGCAAUACCUGCCUUCUGGGAAGCUAUAAAGUGGAGAUUCAAGUCAGAAAGGGGUCAAAGAAACUCUUCCUUGGCACCUUCAUCUGCUGAUAGCAAUAUAGUUUCAUUUCCAUAAUGUUCCUUGCUACUGACUCGUAAUGGAUGAAAGCUUAAGAGCACUGACAGAACAUUUUUGUUGUUUGAUUAUCAGAAGUCGAAUUUGCCACUGACUCAAAUUUCACUGCAAAUUAUUCACAUCGACUCUUCAUUGUUUAUUUGAACCUUGGACGAUUCUUGAAUUCUAAAACAGUGAUCCCAUCACUUUUUGGCUGUGGGUGUGAAAGAUUUCUCUGAGGAUCCCCAGGUCGGAGAAUAUAUUACAGGCAGGACUAAAGAACAAGAUGGGGAAAUCUGGGCAGAGCCUUGCCGACAAAACUCGAAACUGUGAAGGCUGUUCAUGCAUGCUCCAAAUCUCUCUUUUAAGUGCUAGGCGGAUGAAUGUCUCGUUUGGCAGUAAUUAGAUUCGUGUUUUUCCCACCUUCUUGGUCUUCUUCUUGUGGCUCUCGAAUGAUAUACCACCAAGGACAUUAUUACUUCAUGUAAGGCAAUUUGCACUGA